CUUCCUUCUAGCUGUUACAUACUUUUGCACGAAUACAAUAUACCCUUUUACUCUACGAGUAACGGGUAUAAUCAGUCUUAUAACGAUACUCGCGACAUACAGUAAAUAAAAAAAUAUAUGCCGCAGUGUAAAGGAGCUACAUAAGGGCUGAGAGAAGUAAAAUAAAAUCCUUAUUAGAGGUUUUAUAUUUGUUAUAUAAACCCUACGACAGUACUCUGCCGAAUGAACGCACUGUAGGGGAGAACACGCCAAUGCCCAAGCGUAUCUUAAACCAAUGAACAGCAUAAAAGCAAAUCUACUGCUGCCGCGAUCGAGAACGAAAACGACACAGACGGUGGUGACGGUGUGCGUGUGUAUGUGAACGCGGCUAGCGGCUCAACUCCUACGCAAAUGCAAAUGCAAACGGAGAAUAAUGCACUAAUAAAUAAAUUAAAAUAAAUUAAAUAUUCUAAUAAACUUUAACCAAAACCCUACAUUUUCCAUAUUUUGCAAGUGUAAAUUAAAUGAAAAGAAGUUAAAAACAUUACCGUGCCAAAAUGCCGCAACUUGGUGAAAUUAUAGCCGGAAUAUUUUCUAAACUUUUACGUGGUGCCACAUAACUAAGUCGAUAUAAAAUUAAUAAUCGGAUAAAAACUAUGCUUACAUGCUGAAAUUUUAUUCGAGUUAAAUUUUAUUUUAGUCGAGUCGCAAAUACACCUAUUUUGUGACGCAGAGUGGUCAAUAUCAGUUUAGGAAGGUCCCGUUUGGAAUGUCGAAUUCGCCCGGAGUUUUUCAGCGUCAUAUCAAUGCUAUUUUUCGACCUCUAACUCAGAGAGGCAUCGCGUUGCACUAAAUCGACGAUUAUCGCUUCGAGCGACGAAAGGGAGGCAUUGUUGAACCUUAAAGAAAUCAUCAAAACAUGUGAAGAGUAUGGCCUAGAGUUCAUACCCAAUUAUGCCAGAAUUGCGUAACCACAUGGAAGUUACAGCACACUGGGCGGAUUUGUAUCAAUUUAAAUUUUGAGAAAAUGUUUAGCAGCUUGGUCUUGCGGUUGAGUCACAAAGUCAAAAUCUAGCAAUGUAAAGCUCAAAUACUAUACAAAAUUAUUGAGACCAAAAGUGUGGGCGUGUAAUCUAAAAACGUCUCCUUCUGAUAAUUUGGCCAGAUCAAUCCCCAGAUAUACCCGUUAUCCAAAAUUUUAAGUCGUAAUUUUAAAAUAUCGUUUGAGAGUAUAUUUUUCCAAAUAAGGGAGAGGGGAAACUAAAACCCACAAGCUACAUAAAAUACUGGUGGUUGUUGAACAUAAGGAUGGUAACACCUUUAAAAUCUGUUGGAAUAAGCUGAGAAAAUAAUUUUUAACAUUAACGUUAUUUUGAUAACCAUUUCAGCUUAGUUUUGAUAGGCUUUUAAAGUUAUGGAUGUUUCUUGUUUAAAAUAUGCUGUGAGCCGCUGUAUGUAUUUUGCUGUACUAUAUCAGACUGAUCUGACUGCUGCGUCUUUAAAUUUAAGAUAACUAGAAGAGCUGCCGUAUUUUUCAUCCUAGGGAGAAAUACUAAUUUAGAAACACGUGGCUCAUCAUGCUACGGCCUCGAUAUGAAAGUGAAGUCAGCAAGCACAUUCAAAUAUGUUUUAGCUCAUGAGAUGUUCCGCUCACAGAAGGACACUUUUGUGUCAGUCAUUCGCUAACUACUUUGAUCGGACACUUUUAGAAUAAUGUCACUAGAAUCCAUACUAAGUACCAAAGAUGCCCCAGGGGAUUCUUGGGGGCACCACCUAUCGUCAAUGGACGGAGUCACUGCCAGGGCGGACUACGACCAGUUCAUCUUUUGCAAAGGAGCUAUUAGGCGACCAUCAUGCGCUGCUUAGUGCUUACAUUUAUUUUUAUAACAAUUCAUGUUUUUAAAUAAGAUAUUUAAGCAUUUUGCUGUUUUAGACAUACUCUGGCUGAUUGUGCAAAACAGCUACCCGGGUCUGGACUGCAAGGACGCCUUUGAAAUAGAAAUAUGGCCUCGGAAAAGUGUUUCAUUUUGCCAGACGCAACUUAAGAGACACCACCUUUUAUCCUGCUGGAGCUACAAGACAGUAUUAGUGGAUGGGUAGUUCAAAAAAAAUCUGUUUUCUUAAUUCAGCUAAGCCAAAUUUAUCAAUGCAAACCCUGAGUUACGAAAAAUCAGACUCAAGCUCGCGAAAUCGCAGAGACAGGCAAAAGGCACAAUAACUAUGUUACAAACUAGUUACUUAUUAUUUAAUUUAUAAACGCCACACCGGCCGGACCCCAUGCAGGGCCUGUGGCAGUAUAGAGGCGUGGCUGCUAGACCCUUAUUGCAGCGACAAAACUGCCCAGGACGAACCUGGUCCCGUUUUGAGGUCUGCGCUAUGUUUUGCCUCAGCCACACAAAUCGGAUGGCACCACAUCGGUGCGUGUUCUUCCUUACCGGAACGAAAUCACCGAGGGAAUCAGGAUUGCUGCUUGUGACUACAGCCGAUCCUUAGGGUGUUUCUCCCCCAGAGUUUGCUUAGUGUAGCGCUUAUGGGUUGCUUCGCUUGGACUUAGCCCUAGGUUCGCCAAUUAUUGUCGGCGGCGAUAAUCUCCAAAAGUCAAAGAUUAUGUCAAGGCGAGAGUAAAUAAGAAAUGUUAAUCCUAAUUUAAAUUCCCGGGCACUUUUAAAGUAAUUAAAUUCUCUUUAGCUAUCCCUGACCUAAGCAAAGACAUUCGCCAUUUUUUCCAAUACAAAAAUUCCAAUAUCUAAAGUCGUUUUUAGCAGGCUUUACGCUCCGACUGAUUAUUCAUUUGCCUAUCAUGAAGGCAGCAUCGGCACGCUUGGUAGAGCGCUACUAUUGGCCUUGUCAAUUCCUCAAUUUGUUAUUAAAAUCCUUCAUGAAUUUAACCGUGUCCAAGGCUGCAAAUGUGGGGAUUCCACGAAAGAUUUCUAAUGGUGCUAGCGAUAUUUGUUUUUUUUUUUUUUAAUAAAAAUCGUUUAACUGGACGCGAUUCGGAGUCUUUUAAAAUGGAAGACUUAUUCGGAUAUCUGAAAACUCGCUGAGAGAUGUUGAAGCUUAACCAACAGGAGCUGCAUGAUCAUUUUGAUUAGCUGGACAAAGCUUUAAAUGUAGAAAAUACAGAUUAGAUGAGCACACACUAAUCGAUUGCGGGUACUUCCUUGGACAUUUUGUCCAAGUGAACCGAUUAUGCUGUAUAAUCCAUGCUGCAGCUAGCUUAAGGAAUUUUACAACCCAGCUAAACCAAACCGCGCUCAAUAAUUGGCCCAGAAUGGCACCGACCUUGGGAAAUGCAGUCACAAAUCGGCAGAAAGCAUUGUGACGACCCAGCGUCACAAAUAAUCGCGCACUUUCAAAACGCGCGCCCAAAACGAUAAACCUGGCCACACUAACUCCACCGAUACAUCGAUAGUCGACUACCAUCGCUAUAUUCGUGACCCGAUAACGAGUUAUCGAUAUCGGGAUUCUCGACAUCGACCGCUCUGGGUACUGGGUACACUCAACGGGGCCUAUAUAAGCAGACGCAAGACCCCAGAUGAGUCACUUGCGUUCCGACGAUCUUCGAGGAAACAUCAGCAACAAGGAGAAAUAUCCGGGUAAGUGUUCUGGUAGAUAGUCUUGGUAUUAGUAGUGGAUCCGUAAGAACUCGGUUUUUAAAUCCGUUCUACGACCUGGUGAGGAUCACUGGCGUCCCGGUGUGGUUUCCUAAAAAAUUAGACCAGACCCAGUCGUGAUCACUGAGGUUUUCCCGGUUUUCGUAAUACAGGCCCACCUCAGUGAGUUCCCCCAGACGUCACGUUUCCGGCUCCCGACCCGGAAACGAAACGGAUGUAGAAACGGCAGUUCGAACAUAACGAUCCCCGGCAGAUCGAAACUAACGAUGUCUUACAUUCCCGAAUCCCACUAGAAAUCCAAGUAGAUCUCUCCCAACGACCCAGAACACUACGAACCCGACGUACGCACGACGAAGCAGUCCACUUCUCGGCCCUUCCGCAGCGCCAACGCGACUCCUCGGACCUUCCGGGUCGGCCGGGUCACGACAAAAAGCAGUUCAUCACUCGGCCCUUCCGCAGCGCCGAAGCUCGCACACCGUAUCACAACAGCAAGCAGUUCACCAAUCGGCCCUUCCGAAGCGCCGAAUCGACAAAGCAAGCAGUCCCGACUCAUCUAUACACAACGUGUAUCAACAUAUAUUAUACGAGUACUUCGAAAUACACGUCUCCUUUAUAGUUCUAUCCCUCUGUGUCAUUAUUGGGGAAAGGGAGGUAAAUCGAUCUAUAGAGGAAAAUAUAAAUAUCUGUCACGAACCCUGACCACGGCGAGCUAUACCGUCUCCCAAAACAGGGUCUUUACAGUGGCGCCCGAACAGAUUAAAAACAAACAGAUAGAAACCUCAAAAUACCAACAAAGAUCGUUUACCCUCUCCCUCAACACAGCACGGAUUAAUAAUGGCAGACAAGCUGACUCGAAGCUGGAUCAGCAAUUGCAACAAGGCCCAACUGGAAAUCUAUCUGAGGGAAUUCGACGUCAAGUCAGAAACGCGGUGCGAAGACAUGCGGAAAAAAAUGUCGGAGUUAAUCAAGAGCGGUGCCCACAGCGAAGAAACCACCAAACGUCUCCAAGACCUAGCACAGAAGCACGCGAGAACCCCAUCACCAGCACCCGCCGGAAUGGAGGAAAACCAGAACUUGCUACAGAUACCAGACAAGCAAGAAACAAGCAACGGAAAACCGGUACCCGAGCCCAGAAAGAUCGACAAAGUGGCCACAAUGGGAGUAAUACGAAGCUGGGGAGAAUUUUAUGACGGCACGGGCGACCUGACAGAAUUAAUUUGUAGAACGGAAGAGCUAGCAAGUGCCUAUGGGAUAGAGCUCGACCACGCAGCAGGAGCUAUGGUAAUUUUGCUAAGAGACUGUGCCCUGGACUGGUGGCACACCCAUCCUACCCCAAUGCCAUCGUGGGACAACUUCAAAAAGAAUUCCUGGAACACUACAGACCAGCGAACCACGAAGAGAGAGCGAUGGAAAACAUAACACGCAGGCACCAGGGUACAAACGAGCUAGCAAAGGACUACGCGCGGGAACUCCGGAAGACUAUGAGAUUUUCCACACUCACGGAAGAAAAAAAACUAGAGAGGGUUUACCGGAACAGUCGAGUGGAAUUUAAAAAGUAUGCUAAACGGGGAGAAUGCCGAUCCCUAGCAGAAUACCUGCAGUUAGCAAAAGAAUUCUAGGCCCUCCAGCCACAGAAACGCACAACACAACAAACACCGGAAAAUCACUGGACACAACAGCACCGACCGGGAAAUUUCGAGAGACAACAGCAAAUAUCUGGAAAUUUCGAGAGACAACAGCAAACAUUUGGAAAUUUCGGGAGACAAACAAGAAACCAAUGGAGACCCCAGGACCCACCACAAGCACUGAACGGAGGAAUCAAAAGAUCAUUCAGCAUGAAAAAUAGAUGUUCAAGGUGCAAAGGAGAGGGACACAUAGGAAAGCAGUGCAACAACACACCAAGAAUACAUUGCUGGGUAUGCGGACAUGAUGGAAUACGCACGAUCCAUUGCUGUCGCCGGUUCAAAACGGCGGGAAACGCCAGAGGCCCAUGGGAUCAGAGCGGGCACCCAGGGCAAACACCACACACGCAACAGCAAUAAACUUCAACGGCCGACGACUACUUGCACAAGUUAAUAUAGGCAACACAGGAGUUCGCGGGGCCAUAGACACGGGAGCCACAAGAAGUUUCAUCGCCAGGAAACUAGCCAACAACAUGGGAUAAGGAAGCAAGUAACCAAAGCCAUUAGACUAGCAGACGGGACAAACAGAACGGUCACAGAGGCACUGGAAGUACCAAUACAUCUCGGGAACCAAACAAGCAUGACGACGCUGCUAAUCUUCGAAGAGGUAAUCGGCGACCUUCUACUGGGGAUAGACUUCUUGGAACAAUGUAACGCGACACUACGAUGCGGAGGCAUCACAGCAAGAAUAAACAUGAACAGAAGAAACAAUAACAGAAACAAAAAACAGAAGAGCAACGGCAUCGGAUCACUAGCGACAGGCGAUCUAUCCAGAAUGCCAGAAGAAGAAGCUCACGGAGCCGAGGUCGAAGAAGACAUCUGGAUUAAACAGAAACUCCUAGACUUGGAUAGAAAUCCCGAAACAUGGCCAGAUUACGCGAUAAUCAACGGAAAACUAUACAGACAUCUACCGUCAUGGGCCACAGACAAGGACACACAGCCAUGGAAACUAUGCGUUGCGAAAAGCCAAAGAGCACGAGUACUGCGAGAAAACCACAGCGAAGCAACAGCAGGACACCUAGGGGUCAGAAAAACAAAAAACCGGAUGAAGGCGACACCAACAACCAAGGAAACGACCACAGCAACAACACGGCAAACGAAGGCGACACCAAAAACCAAGGAAACAACCGCAGCAACAACACGGCAAAGAAUGGCAACAACAACAACCAAGGAAACGACACGGCAAACAACGGACAACGAAGCACGACCCCCCAUGCCCAGGACAACAACCGGCACAAAAAGGCACGAGUUAGCGGAUUUUCAACGGCCACGGACGAAAUGGGUAACCCCGCGGCGGCUCUCUUCCCUCGACCAUACCGGAAUAAAACCGAUCAACCUAUCUGAGGAAUGUGAGGAAGAGUGGGAUCCAAAACCGCGGGGAUACAAUGACCACAAGAAAAGGGUAGAAGAAGCGGUCGUCCGUCUAAAGGCAACCUGGCGCAGCGGCACUUUCAAAACGCGCGCCCAAAACGAUAAACCUGGCCACACUAACUCCACCGAUACAUCGAUAGUCGACUACCAUCGCUACAUUCGUGACCCGAUAACGAGUUAUCGAUAUCGGGAUUCUCGACAUCGACCGCUCUGGGUACUGGGUACACUCAACGGGGCCUAUAUAAGCAGAAGCAAGACCCCAGAUGAGUCACUUGCGUUCCGACGAUCUUCGAGGAAACAUCAGCAACAAGGAGAAAUAUCCGGAAAUCCAAGUAGAUCUCUCCCAACGACCCAGAACACUACGAACCCGACGUACGCACGACGAAGCAGUCCACUUCUCGGCCCUUCCGCAGCGCCGACGCGACUUCUCGGCCCUUCCGCAGCGCCGAAGCGACUUCUCGGCCCAUCCGCAGCGCCGAAGCCCGCAGCAAGCAGUUCAUACCUUGGCCCUUCCGUAGCGACGGGUCACGACAAUAAGCAGUUCAUCAAUAAAAAGUAACUAUAAGCAUUUUCAGUAUCUUAGGUAAAGGUUCAGAGGAAGUGUACACACUUACGGUUGAAGUGGAUGGCAUCAAAUUUGAUGCACCAUGUGACACGGGUGCACCUUGUAACCUGAUCCCUGUAGAUCUAUUUCGAGAAAUGAAAAGGCCCAAGUUAAAAUCUUGCGAAACACCAUAUGUAAAUUAUAAUGGUGACCCGAUAAGGAUUCUGGGUGAGUUUGUUGCACAAAUUAAAUUCAAAGACACCUAUGCCAGUUCUAUUUUUGUCACGACAGUCUAAAAAUAUGCCUCUAUUAGGGAGAUACUUUUUACGAGCAUUCAACUUCGAAUUAUGUUAAGUCAAUGCCAUAGAGAGCAGUGAAAGCACUAAAACGCUAGUAGAUCAAAUUCAAAACGAGUUUUCAGAUGAAUUAGGAGCGUAUCACGGUGAAACGGUCAAACUUCGACUUUCGGAAGAAGCUAAACCUAUCUUUCACAAGCCGCGACCCUUACCAAUCAUGUGGAAGUCAAAGGUAGAGCAAAUGAUAAGAAAGCUGGUAGACCAAGGCAUGCUUGAGCAAGUAUAUAGUUCAGAUUGGGGGACCCCUCUUGUUCCCAUACUGAAACCUAAUGGUGAAUUAAGGGUUUGCGCAGACUACAAAGUUACCAUUAAUAAAUAUCUUAAUGAGUUUAGGUACCCGCUUCCAAGAAUUGACGAGAUAUUCGCUGCAUUACAGGGAGGCCAACGUUUUACAAAGCUGGAUUUAUCUCAAGCAUACAAUCAGUUAUUACUUGAUCAGGAGUCUCAGUCAUUAUGCACGUGGAGCACACAUGUAGGAAUCUUUAAGGUCAAAAGAUUGCCAUUUGGAAUCAAAACUGCAGCAUCCAUAUUCCAAAAGACAAUGGAAUCAUUGCUUCGAAACAUUCCUUAUGUUGUCGUUUAUCAAGAUGACAAACCCAUCACUGGUUUAGAUUUGAAAUCUCAUGUGGACACAUUAAGAAAGGUUUUAGGAAAGCUUAAGUCAGCAGGGUUACACUUAAAUAAAGAAAAGUGAAUGUUUUUCAAAAACAAAAUAACAUAUUUAGGGUUCAAUAUUGACAAGGACGGUCUCAGCAAAAACAAGGAACGAGUUUCGUGUGUGCUGAACGCACCAAAUCCAAGAAACAUUUCUGAAGUUCGUGCAUUCACCGGAAUGGUAAACUACUAUUCCACGUUCAUAGAUAGAUUUUCCGAGAAAAUGGAUCCGAUUUAUCAGCUUCUCAGAAAAGGUGUAGAGUUUGAAUGGACGAAUCAAUGUCAAAAUGCCUAUCAACAGAUUAAAGAAGAUGUUGCAUCUGAUCAUGUGUUGGUACACUUAGACAUAAAUUGGAAAUAGUUUUAAUCACAGAUGCGUGUAAUACAGCAGUAGCAAGUAUUCUUUCACACAAGUUCGUAGAUGGUUAUUUAAAACCAAUAGCUUUCGUUUCGCGAGACCUUCAGUCGAGUGAACGACAUUACAGCACUAUGGAAAGGGAGGCGUUAGCAAUUGUCUUUUCCGUUAACAAACUUCACCAGUAUCUACUGGGCAACAGGUUUACGUUGCGUACUGAUCACAAGCCUCUACUUAAUCUAAGUGUAAAGGAUUGCCUGUAAUGGAGUCAGCUCGAAUACAAAGAUGGGCUUAAAAUUUAUCAGGGUUUGAUUAUAGUGUAGAAUAUGUGAAGGGAUCAGUGAAUGUGGCAGACAGUUUAUCGAGAAUUCCGCAAGUCCCAUUACCACAGACUGAAGAGUGCAGUUAUGUGAGUUUCGUAACUCAACAUAAUCAUUUAAAUUUAAAUUUUCAAUGCAUAGCCCGACUGUCCCGUCGUGAUUCUACAUUGUCAAAAGUAAUAAAGGCAAUAGAACAUGGGACCAUUCAAUCCUUGGUCAGGAGAUGAAACAAGAGUUUCAUCCCUUCAUUCAGAAACACACAGAGCUAUCAAUUGAAUACGGCUGUUUAAUGUGGGGAUAUCGUACCAUUGUACCCAAGAAACUUUAUAAGGGAGUUUUUGAAUCUUUACAUAGAUCGCAUUUAGGCAUUAUUAAAACCAAAGCAUUGGCCAGAAACUACGUAUGGUGGUCUGGGUUAGACAAGGACAUAGAGUACAUGAUUAGCAAAUGCGAUCCAUGUCAAAAACUCAUGGAUAGUCCCAGCAAAAGCGUUUUAAUUCCAUGGAGCCCUGAAGACUCAGUAUGGAAACGAAUUCAUGUCGACUUUGCUGGGCCUAUCAAAAAUCAUUACUUCAUGGUUGUGGUCGACUCGUAUUCGAAGUUGUAAUCACAAAACAAAUAACAAGUAACUUUACAGUGGAAAAGUUAAGAAAAAUGUUUUGUAGGUAUGGAUUAAUAGAUGUCUUAGUCACUUGUAACGGGCGUCAAUUUACAUCGCAGGAGUUUAAAACUUUCAUGGAAAUAAAUGGAAUAAAACUGGUUUUAACCGCUCCAGGUCAUCCUGCCACGAACGGACAGGCAGAGAUUUUCGUUAAGGUCUUAAAAAAAUCCAUUCUAGCAACACUCGAUAAGGAAUGUCACGGAAGUUCAGAAACCAUUACAAACAGAUUCUUAGCAGACUACCGAAAUUUACCUCAUUGUACAACGGGAGAAACCCCAGCAAAGCUUUUCUUUGGUAGAAGUCUAAAAACUAAAUUUGAUCUCAUGAGUCAGUCAGUUCAAGAAUUUUAAAACACCAAAAAAAAAGCAUAAAAAAUUAUAAAGGGUAGCGUCUAGAAUCAUUCAAUCAGGGACAAAAAGUAUACAUUCGGGAUUACACGAAUCCAAAUAAGGCAUCUUUGUCACAGGCAACAAUAGAAAAGAGUUUAGGAUCCCGAACAUAUUAGUGCAACAUUGCUCACAACCACAGAAUCAUAAAGCGGCAAACUGAUCAAAUCCGUGGAUAACACAAAACGGAUGGAAAAUACGGAUCAGGUUCAAGAAUGUGCACAAGUGUGGAAUAAUGCUGAUACACAAAAUGAGGAAUCCGAAGUAUGUGUAGAUUCUUCCUCUAGAAACCCAGUUAGGAGUAUAACACCCAAAAGAACACUUAGACCCCGAUUGGAGGGAAAGUUCGUUAAGCAAUGAAUUGAAAUUGUAAGCAUUGAAAUUGUAAGCAUUGAAAUAGGGAAUCAUUAAUGAAUUUAACUUGUAAGCAUUGAAAAUAUGAAGAAAACCUUUAGAACGGACAUGUUAUAUAGCACACAUUUAGUAAAUAUCGUCAGUUAAGCUUUUGAUCCAUGUCUUGGCCUGUGUAAUCGAUAUAGGAGAACUUGGCACUAAACAGUGACGGCCACACUUUGAACAAAGCCAUGCUGGAAUACAUUACAGUAUCUAUC